AUGGGCGCUGUUAUUCCCAUCCAGGCACAAAAAGUCUUCCUUGCCUACCCUUACCCUUGGACAGACUUCAACAAUGUGAAUGAGAACAUCACCCAUGCAGAUCAAGUCUACCAAGCAAGUUUACUUACGACUGGCGAAAGGGCACUAAUGGCUACUGGAUCCAUCUGCCUACCUAUAGUGAUGGCGAGAGUUCUGUUGCCCUCUGGCGGGAACUUCAGAGCCAAGGUAACACCAUAUAUGGAAGUUUGCCCGGGCGCGAGGGUGUCCACUGAAGUAAGGAAUCGGUUGCAUUCCUAUUUGAGCCUAAUCUACAGAAUUCCAGAGUCCUACAUUCCUGAAACAGUAGGAGGGGCGAUGCAACUGUGGGACACAUACCCAUUUAGAGCUGGAUGGCACUUGUAUAAGCCAGGAUUCAGGAUGGAGGAGACUCGGGAUUAUAUGCUGAAGCCAUUCUUCAACCAUGAAGUCUUUCAUGUGGCUGGUUCUUGGUGGCCGAACAAACUACAGGGCUGGUCGGAGGCUGCAUUGCGAGCAGUUGACCUGGCUGUGAAACGUUAUCUAUGA